AUGGCGCCGCCUCCGCCGCCAGAGCUCAUGGACGACCUCAUCGGCGAGAUCCUCCUCCGCCUUCCGCCCAAAGACCCAGCGUGCCUCGUCCGCGCCUCCCUCAUCUGCAAGCCCUGGCACCGCCUCCUCUCCGACGGCGCGUUCCUCCUCCAGUACAGCACCUUCCACCAGACGCCGCCCGCAUCCCCGGUUUCCCAGCCCGCAAUCGCCGUCGCUAGCGGCCCCACCACCUCGUGCUAUACACUCGAUUGCCGCCACGGUCGCGUGCUCUUCCAAGCCGAGGAUCAGCCAUCACAGACUCUCACCGUCUGGGAUCCUAUCACCGGCAAUCAUAAGCGCAUCUCCCCGCCCAUGCACCAGUACGCUGAGUUCUCCGCUGCGGUGCUGUGCGCUUCGGACGGUUGCAACCACCUCGGAUGCAAUGGGGGCCUUUCCUCGUGGUUAUCGCGGGCAUAUAUCAUGCCGAGGAGGAGGAGGACGAUGACGAGGGAGACGCAGACGGAGGUCCUGUGGGAUGGGCUAGUCUCUACUCAUCAGAGACUGAGUCUGCUCGUUAGAGAUGCAAUCUACUUUAUCCUUGAGAAUGGUGAAAAAAGCCUCAAGUACGGCUUGCUCGGUGGUGUCCUAUCGGUGAUCAACGCGCCGCCACAGCAUGAACCAAACAUGAUCUUCGCCACGGCGCAUGAUGGUGAGCUCGGAGCCGCCACUGUGGAGUUCUACAGCUUGCACCUGUGGUCGUGGCGAGCGACUGACCCCGACGACAGCAUUGGGGAAUGGACUGUUGCAAAAUUCAGCCUCAGAGAUAUUGUUCUAGUGAGUGAUCUUGUUACCGCUAGAUUGCAAGUGCCAAUGAGGACUGAUUGA